AUGUUUACUGUGAACAGUGUCGAUAUUUGGGCUGGAGAUAUCCUUUACUUAAAGGCUAACAAUCCUAUGCUAUGCUUUUUGGUUGAGUCAUUUCAUACAGCAAACAGCCAUAUUUAUGCAAGAGGUUAUAUGAUUAGAAUUAUUUCAGACAAAUGUCACGGUGUAGAAAUCGCUGCUACUGAUAUUAAUAUAGAGCUUAUUGACCAUGUUGACAACCAUCGCCUUGAAGAAGCAUGCUAUUUGAGCAUAUCACCGCAGUAUACCGCAAUAUUAUGCCCUGUUUAUUACACUCUUCUUUUUACCCAACAUCCUAUGAAACAAAAAAUUUCUAAUGCACCGGCCAAUACAUUUUACAAAGUUAUCAUAGUACCAUUAAUAUUUUUUACUGAUGAUACCUCUGGAAACUUGUCAAAGCAAUACAAUCCUUAUGAAAGUUGGUUAAUGAAAUGUGCUGGGUUGUCAUUUAGAGAUAGGUUCUCCAUAGAAAACAUUCGAUUUAUUGCUAUAGUUCCCAAGAAAAACAGUGCAAAAGAUGUGUCUAUCUUACCUGUAAUGGUCUGUAAUAUCAAGGCCCUUGAAAAGAGUGUAGUUAUGUUCUGUGAAAAAGAAAACCAGUAUGUCCUUAUUGUUGCCACUGUUCUCUGGAUUGAAGUCAAUACAUUUUGCCAUUAUGAACUUUGUGGAUUAUCUGGCCCAAUGUCUUUGUAUUAUGCAGAAAAUGUUAUAACAACCAUCAUACCUGAUGCCCCAACAGACAGAUGUAACUUGCCUGCCAAAGACUUAAGAUUCCAAGAUCGCUUGACUGGAUCUCUUUUGGAACUAGAUGCUUUUGACUCAUCAAGCAAUACACCUGUAAAGAUUCCUCAUACUAUUCUUCUUGGAAUUGAAAAGUAUAUGGUCAUCCAUCUUAUAAACAGUAUUCUUAAAAGCAAAAAAGAUAUAAUUCAAAGAAUCAAGACAUGUUUGAAUGAUUACAAAUGCUUAACUGGAUUAUCGUGCAAAUUCACAAGAAAUAUCAAUCACUCAGAAUCCUAUGUUGAUAGAGAUUUUAAGGUGCUCUUGCAAAUUCUCUCUGUCAUUCUCAUCACCGAUUUUUUGAAUGAGCCUAUACUAGACAAUAUUGAAUCUUGCUUUAUUGAACUUGGCCGCCUAUGUUCCUUACAUGUUAUAAAUUGUGGCUCUUGGCUUAACGAAAAUGGACAAUGUGAAAAACCAGGAAGUGAAAUCGCAACCUUCCUUCAAGGAAACAAUGAAAAAAAGUUCUGUUUUUCAUUCUUUGGUGGUUCAAGAGACUUUACUGACAACAAUAAUACUGGUGAUAUAGAUGAAGAACGUAUCAAGAACAAUUCUUUUGGUGUCUUUAUUUUUAACAAUGACUCUUCCUCCCGACCCCAUAUUGGAUAUGUUUGUGGAUCAGUUGUUACUUUUCUUGAACUUGUUGCUUGCACUGAAGAUGACAAGAAAAAUAACUAUGCAAAAGCUAUCUUGAUAAACCACCAUACUGACCUUUCCCACUUGAAACUUGUUUGCAAACUUGAUAUGCACCUUUAUUGUGAUUCUUUUUAUAUUGUAAACUUGAUUGUUGUCCACGAAUUCCUGGUAUUUGCCAAAGUAGUUGUCAGAAAAUUUAAUUCCUUGAUCUUGAAGAAAGACAGAAAUACCAGAUCCACUCUUUACUCGAGUACCUGUAGUUCUAUCAAUCCAUGA